CAUCAAUCCCUCCAAAAGUAUAAUGUUCCCCUGUGAGUCAUACAAUAUCCAUAUCAUUCGGUUAUGAAAGCUGCCGGUAACAGCUUGUUAACCCGUUUUUUGUUUUCUACGAUAACAAGGCCAAUGUCUUGCUUUGUCAACUGGUUUUUAAUCAGGAAGAGGAUAGUGCAACUUGUGGGUCAAUCAUUUCCACUUUCAAUGUUGCACACCUAUAAAAAGUGCAUUUAGCCGCCUUGUUGAGAAAUUCUAUUUAUAAAGUAACUAAAUUUGGGAAUUAUUUAUGAGAAAGUUUUGAGGCUGCGAAAUGCCUCCAGGGGGCAAUAAAUCAAUCUGAAACUCGAGAUAUCAGGAAAGUGGCUGUGCCGUAUCGGAAACGAAUGAUCAAACGAGAAACCCGAGGUGUUGUUAUGAAUGGUGCCCAAAUGGCAAAAAGGCCCGCGGCAAAAAGCCAGACGCUUGGAGACCUUUCCCUGAAAAGGCCAGAAAACUGGUUUCGCCCUGAGGCCUGGCAGCCAAAUUGCCAGCGUUUUAGCCUGCUGCACUUACCAGUUUGAUGCAGUUUUGGCUGCAUCAAGGCGGCAGUGGCAACAACCACUCUCCAUUGUUAUGUAAUGCGUAAUCGUCUAAGUCAGUGGGUCAGUGACUCUUGCCUUUGUCUCUGUCUUUUGCCCCACUGGACCGCUGCAACAUGGAGACCGCAAUGAACAACAACAACAAUAAUAACAACAACAAUGGGUACAUGAACCAGGCGUUUGUGGGCUCACUGAAUGCCUCAAGCGUAUCGAUACCGGGGGCUUACAAGCCCAAUGAGACUAGUUCGAAUGGCAAGAAGGCGGUUCCCUUGUCCUCGGCAGGAUCAGGAGCAGCGCCAGGAUCCGGAGACAACCAGCCCGCAGUGGAGGAGGGUCAGCCGGAAAAACAGCGGGCCAGUUGGAACAACGACAUCGAGUUCCUCAUGUCCUGCAUCGCACUCAGUGUGGGUCUCGGCAACGUCUGGCGAUUUCCCUUCACCGCCCUGGAGAAUGGCGGUGGAGCCUUCGUUAUCCCCUACCUGAUCGUCCUGGUUCUGGUGGGCAAACCCGUGUACUACCUGGAAAUGCUGCUCGGCCAGUUCUCCAGUCGCGGAAGUGUCAAGGUCUACGACUUCUCGCCCAUCAUGAGAGGCAUUGGCUAUGGCCAGGUGUUGGCCACGGGCAUCGUGACCACCUACUACGCCACAUUAAUGGCCCUGACGCUGCGCUACUUCGUGGACUCCUUUUACCCGACGUUGCCGUGGAGCUACUGUCGGGCGGAGUGGGGCCCGGAAUGCCUGGACUCGGGACCGCAGGAGGCCGCCAGCGGCGCCACAAGUUUGGCCAACACAGGUGUGCGCACCACCUCGGCGGAAUUCUAUUUCACGAACAUCGUUCUGCGCGAGAAAGCGAGCAUCGACGACGGCAUCGGGUAUCCCAGCUGGAGCCUUUCGGUGGCACUGGCCGUGGCCUGGGUCAUCAUAGCCGGGAUCAUGUUCAAGGGGGUGAAGAGUUCCGGCAAGGCCUCCUACUUCCUGGCCCUCUUCCCCUACGUGGUCAUGCUCAUCCUCCUGGUGCGGGCCCUCAGUUUGCCCGGCGCCUUCGACGGGGUCCUGUACUUCCUGCGGCCGCAGUGGCACAAGCUCCUGGAGCCGCAGGUCUGGUACGCGGCCGUCACCCAGGUGUUCUUCUCGCUGGCCAUCUGCUUCGGCAACAUCAUCAUGUAUGCCUCUUAUAACCGCUUCGGCCACAACAUCUACAGGGAUGCCAACAUCGUCACCACGCUGGACACCUUCACUUCCCUGCUGUCGGGCGUGAUUAUCUUCGGGAUUCUGGGCAACCUGGCCUACGAGAACAACACCAGCGACAUCUCGAGCGUGGUCAACGGAGGCCCGGGCCUGGCCUUCAUCUCCUACCCCGAUGCCAUUGCCAAGUUCAAGGUGCUGCCGCAGCUCUUCUCCGUGCUCUUCUUCCUCAUGCUCUUCGUCCUGGGCAUCGGCAGCAAUGUGGGCAUGGCCUCGUGCCUGUCCACCGUGAUCAAGGACCAGUUCGGCCACCUCAAGAACUGGACGAUAGUGGUGGGCAUAGCCAUUGUGGGCUACUCCCUGGGCCUCCUGUACCUCACGCCCGGCGGGCAGUUCGUUCUCAACCUGCUGGACUUCUUUGGCGCCACCUUCGUGGCCCUGGUGCUGGCCAUCUUCGAGCUGGUGGCCAUUGCCUGGAUCUACGGGGUGAAGCGCCUCUGCCGGGACGUGGAGUUCAUGAUUGGCAUCAAGACCUCGCUCUACUACCGCAUCUGCUGGGCGGUCAUCACGCCGCUGAUGAUGCUCACCAUUCUCAUCUACACUCUGGUGCUGUACGAGCCGCUCAAGUACAAGGAGUACACCUACCAGUCGGGUGUUUAUGUUUUCGGCUGGUGCCUCAGUGCCUUAGGCGUGGGCCAGGUGCUCUUCUGGGCUAUUCCCGCCGUGCGAAGGCAGCCCUCGCACUUGGGUCUCUGGGCCCGCAUCCGCAAGGCCUUUGAGCCACUGCCCAACUGGGGACCCGCCGACCCGCAGACCCUCAAGCGGUACCAACUUUACGUGCAGGAGGGCCGCGCCAACGCCCUCUUCCUGCGCAGCAGUAUCUGGCACAAAAUCUAUGACAAUAUCUUUGGUUAGCAUUGAAUUAGCAAUAAAACUAUAUACCAUCUAA